AUGGCAACGAGCCAAUCAGCCAAUACGUCUGCGGUCGAUGUGAAGUACGACGUCGCUAUUGAUCACCAAAUAGUAUUAGAUACAUAUUCAAUCAGUUAUUCAAAAUCAUCCGAAUUCUAUACGUUAGCUAAAGUUAGUUCACUAUUAUUUACCAGUACAUAUCGUAGUAAACCAAAGAAUAUCGACCAUAGUUGCAUCAUGUUUUCACUAGAAAUGGAAAAAGAUGAAGAUUAUGUAACAAAAUUUUCUUUUGUUUUCAUAUUUAUUAUUAUUCGAGAUGAUGACUAUAAAGCAUUUAUUGUUCAACCAGCAGAAACAAAAAAAGCAUUCUUUAAUGUUCAAUAA